GAAGUACCAGGUUUAUGAAGAGCGAGGAGUUUGACUGGAAGGAAUAUGAAGAGGACGAGCAAUACAAAGCACAUCAGUAAAAAUGAGACAGAUCACAGUUGGGAAUGCGCCCCUUUCCUCCUCCUCCCCUAUCUUCUUCCCAACUUUCUUCGCUAAUCUGCGUCGUCCAACUCCAUUUUGCUUCAAGUUCCGAGUCAGGGCAAUGACAUCUCAUAUCGUCGGGUAUCCUCGUAUAGGGCCCAAGAGAGAACUCAAGUUUGCAUUGGAAUCUUUUUGGGAUGGGAAAAGUAGUGCUGAGGAGUUGCAGAAGGUGGCAUCUGACCUCAGGUUGUCCAUUUGCAAGCAGAUGGCGGAUGCUGGCAUCAAAUAUAUUCCUAGCAAUACAUUCUCAUACUAUGACCAUGUAUUGGACACUACUGCUAUGUUAGGUGCAAUUCCUUCUAGAUAUAGUUGGAGUGGAGGUGAGAUAGGAUUCGACGUUUACUUUUCAAUGGCUAGGGGAAAUUCCACUGUUCCUGCAAUGGAAAUGACAAAAUGGUUCGACACCAACUAUCAUUACAUUGUUCCGGAGUUGGGGCCUGAUACUGAAUUCUCUUAUGCAUCUCACAAGGUGGUGCAAGAAUUCAAGGAGGCUAAAUCUAUAGGCGUCGAUACUGUUCCAGUCCUUGUGGGGCCUGUUUCUUAUCUAUUGUUAUCAAAACCGGCAAAAGGUGUGAAGAAAUCGUUUUCUCUUCUUUCCCUGAUUGAUAAAAUUCUUCCUAUCUACAAGGAAGUUGUUGCUGAAUUAAAGGCAGCCGGUGCUAACUGGAUUCAGUUUGAUGAGCCUACCCUUGUGAUGGAUCUUGAUUCUCAGAGAUUGCAUGAAUUUACUCAUGCCUAUUCAGAGCUCGAGUCGUCCUUGUUUGGUUUGAAUAUUCUCGUCGAGACAUAUUUUGCCGAUCUCCCUUCUGAGACUUACAAAACAGUAACUGCUUUGAAGGGUGUUACUGCUAUUGGGUUUGAUUUAGUCCGUGGAUCAAAGACUCUUGACCUAAUUAGGGGUGGGUGUCCAUUGGAAAAAUAUCUUUUUGCUGGAGUUAUUGAUGGAAGAAACAUUUGGGCUAACAACCUAGCCGCUUCUCUUAAUACCUUGCAGGCUUUAGAGGGUAUAGUUGGAAAAGACAAGCUUGUAGUCUCGACAUCUUGUUCUCUUCUUCAUACUGCAGUUGACAUGGUCAAUGAAAACAAGUUGGACAAAGAACUCAAGUCAUGGCUUGCAUUUGCUGCACAGAAGCUACUUGAAGUCAAUGCAUUGGCAAAAGCAGUUUCUGGUCAGAAAGAUGAGGCAUUCUUCUCUGCUAAUGAAGCAGCUCAGGCUUCAAGAAAAUCCUCUCCAAGAGUGACAAAUAAAGCUGUUCAGAAGGCUGCUUCUGCCUUGAAGGGUUCUGACCAUCGUAGAGCCAUGAACGUGAGAAACAGGUUGGAAGCUCAGCAGAAAAAGCUAACUCUUCCCAUUCUUCCGACCACUACUAUUGGAUCUUUCCCUCAAACAUUGGAGCUUAGGAAAUUACGUCGUGAGUACAAGGCUAACAAGAUGUCUGAAGAAGAAUAUGUCAACGCCAUUAAGGAGGAAAUAAGUAAAAUAGUCAAACUUCAAGAAGAGCUUGAUAUUGAUGUUUUGGUUCAUGGAGAACCAGAGAGAAACGACAUGGUGGAGUACUUUGGAGAGCAGUUGUCUGGUUUUGCUUUCACUUUGAAUGGAUGGGUUCAGUCGUAUGGAUCUAGGUGUGUCAAGCCACCUAUAAUCUACGGUGAUGUUAGCCGCCCAAAAGCAAUGACAGUCUUCUGGUCAACAUUAGCUCAGAGCCUGACAAAGCGUCCAAUGAAGGGAAUGCUUACUGGACCUGUUACCAUUCUGAAUUGGUCAUUUGUCAGAAACGACCAACCCAGACUUGAGACCAGCUAUCAGAUUGCUUUGGCCAUCAAGGAUGAGGUUGAAGAUCUGGAGAGAGCUGGAAUUAGUAUUAUUCAAAUUGACGAGGCGGCUUUAAGAGAAGGUUUGCCUCUUAGAAAGUCCGAGCAAGCAUUUUACUUGAACUGGGCUGUACACUCCUUCCGGAUAACUAAUUGUAGAGUUCAAGACACCACCCAGAUCCACACCCAUAUGUGCUACUCAAACUUCAAUGACAUUAUCCACUCAAUCAUGGACAUGGAUGCUGAUGUAGUCACUAUCGAGAACUCUAGGUCAGACGAGAAGCUUCUUUCAGUUUUCCAUGAGGGAAUGAAGUACGGUGCAGGCAUUGGUCCUGGUGUAUACGACAUCCAUUCACCAAGAAUCCCAUCGACUCAUGAAAUUUCUGAUCGCAUCAACAAGAUGCUUGGAGUACUUGAGAGCCGUAUCCUGUGGGUCAAUCCUGACUGCGGCCUUAAGACUCGCAAAUAUUCAGAAGUCAAGCCUGCACUGACCAACAUGGUUGCCGCUGCGAAGCUCAUCCGAGCUCAAUUGGCCAUUUCCGAGUGAGUUCUGCUAAUGGGUCGAAAACCUUGUGCAUGUGUAAAAUAGUAGGAUGGUCAUUUUAAUCAGGGAAUUGGUGGGCUCUUUGUCAAUGUAGUUAACAUAUCUUUUGUUCGGUUUACAUUGUUAAACUCCCAUGAAGACUGGAAUUUUGUUUGGAAACGCUCUGAUGCUUAAGGUCAUGAGGUUAAUAAUUUCAUAAAGAAGAGUAAAUGGAGUUUUUUAAAGUA